AUGGCGUUUUGGCCAUUUAUCUCUGGAGUCUGCAUGGGGGCUUUGGACGAGCUCCUGGCCACGCUGGAGGAUAGAUCCAAUCCAAAUUCAGACAGUCUACAAGAUGUUGAAAGUGCAAAAGAGGAUGUAGUCGAGGAGAUCAGGUAG